UUUUCCCUUGCUUUCUUUCAAAAUUUGUUCCAUGGCCAUGGCGAAUUACUUGCCCUUUCACCUCUCCUCUUCCUCACCCAAAACUUCCAUCUUCCCAAAAGCACUCCCAGAAGCUCCUAGAAAUCCACUCAUCUCCUCUGCUUUAUCACCCAAGAAAUCCAAAUCCAACCAUCCAACAACUAUUUCAAUUACGAGCCCAACGAAAUUGAAAGCAACUGCAAGUUUAGGAGCGAAUGAUGUAGCUACAGCUGAAAUGGAAGCGCAAUCAGAAAUGGAAGUUGCAGAGGGAUAUACCAUUUCUCAGUUUUGUGAUAAAAUAAUUGACAUUUUCUUGAAUGAGAAGCCCAAGACUAAAGAAUGGAGGAAGCUUUUGGUAUUUAGGGAGGAGUGGAAAAAGUAUAGGGAGAGCUUCUACAGUCAUUGCCAAAGGCGGGUGGAUUGGGAGAGCGAUCCAAGUAUGAAAGAGAGGUUAAUUUCACUUAGGAGAAAGGUGAAAAGGAUUGAUGAUGAAAUGGAGAUCCACAGUGAACUCUUCAAGGAAUUACAGGACAGCCCGACCGACAUUAAUGCAAUAGUUGCAAAGCGGCGCAAAGACUUCACAGAGGAAUUCUUUAWGUUCCUUACUUUGAUUUCGGAAACACACGACAGUUUAGAAGACCGUGAUGCGGUGGCUCGGCUGGCGGCCAGAUGUCUGUCUGCGGUUAGUGCUUACGAUAGAACAUUAGAAUAUGUGGACACAUUGGAUUGUGCGCAGGCCAAAUUUGAUGAUAUACUGAAUUCUCCCUCACUGGAUGUGGCUUGUGAGAAGAUUGAAAGUCUUGCAAAGGCAAAGGAACUUGAUUCAUCAUUGAUUCUUUUGAUAAACAGUGCAUGGGCUUCUGCAAAAGAAUCCACAACCAUGAAGAAUGAGGUGAAGGAAAUAAUGUAUCGAUUAUACAGAGCCACCAAAAGCAGUCUUAGAAGCAUGGCCCCAAAAGAAAUAAAGCUGUUAAAGCAUUUGCUAAAUAUCGUUGAUCCCGAAGAACGAUUUUCUGCUUUAGCAACAGCCUUCGCCCCUGGUGAUGGAAGCGAAGCCAGAGAUCCGAAUGCAAUGUACACAACUCCAAAAGAGCUGCAUAAGUGGAUAAAGAUAAUGCUUGAUUCAUACCAUCUGAACCAGGAAGAUACAGAGAUGAGGGAAGCAAGGAAUAUGAAUCAGCCUGUAGUCAUACAAAGGCUGUUCAUCCUCAAGGAUACCAUUGAAACUGAGUAUUUGGAACAAACUGAGUUUUAGAAUUCUCAAACAAAACAAAACUAAACACUGUCUCURAAGAUCAAAUAUAGUUUUGGGAGUCACCAUUUUUGUAAUCUAGCCAACACUUUCAGCAUCCACCUGGAAAUUACAAUAACAAUAUUACUUUUUAUCUUUACUUCUGUCCUGAGUGAUUUYGCUGGGUUU